AUGUUCAGGAAUACAUCCUCAUCUUUUUAUAAAGAAUCAUUCGUUCCUCUUAAUGGCUUUACAUCAAAAGGAUCAAAAGUUGAAUCUAUUGAGUAUGUUUUGGAACCGAGGCCUAAUGAAAAACCCGAUAAAGAUUACGAAGAAAUUUUCAUUGAAGAAAAUAACAGCGUAGCAAACCAAGGCUCGAUACAUCACACCGAAGCAAAUCCGACAAGCUAUAUAGCCUGGAGGGUUGUAGAUUCGGCAAGAGUAUUAGAAUUAAGACAAUUUCUUAUACCUUCAAAAAACAUUGCUGGUAAUUUAAAUCACAUUAGUCAACCUGGAGACACAACCCCUGUAAUCAGAAUCAAGUUUUCUUCAAUAAUUGUACCAAAUGUAGGCUUCAUUACUGAUCCUAUAACACGUAGCUUACAUUGUGUACUGCUGCUAUCGUCUAAAAUGUUGUAUCAAUUGGAGUUACCAUUAGAUACACUUUUUACGAAAAGAAAUUUGAUGGAAUACUAUGAUGUUAGAGCAAAGGUGAGAUCACUUAAAGAAAAAAUCCCUGCUUUGGUACAUGUGAUUGAUAAUGAAAAUAUUAUUAUCGGAUGUACAAAUGGAAGUGUUAUUCAUUUAAAACAAACCGAAACUAUUAAAAAGAAACCAGGCUUUAAUAAAAUGGAUGAUUGUUUUGAUGAAUUAGAAUUUAAAGAUAAUAGUUAUUAUAAAUUCAUGAAUAACUUAUUGGGAGCAAGGCCGAUGAUAUUUGGUGGCAACAAUGACCAGCCAAUCUCCCCACUUCAACCAGUUUCAAUGGAUUCAUAUGUCUGUGGAACAAAAGGAUAUAUAAUAUAUAUUUGUCGUAAUAGAAAAGUAGUGAUAUGUUCCUUGAACACUCAUUCAUAUAUAUCACAUGACCCACUUGCAGAAAUCAGGCCACAAAACGAUAUUUUGGAAUUAUUAGGUAGAGACGAUAAUAUAGCGAUUCAUCAAAUUACUGCAGAGUUUGAUGACAAUCCAUUGCUGCCUCCGAAUUCGCGAGGUUAUGUGAGGAUUUUAAACUUCAAUAAACAUCCAUCUUCAUUCUUUUUCAUGGUUUCUGUUCCUACAACAUUUAAUUGUUAUUUCAUAACUUAUCUUGUUAAUGUUGACACAUCGGGUGUGUUGAAAGAUGCAAAAGUGGCAGGAGUGACAUCAUUUAACCAUUAUCACAAAUUUGACUCCAAUCAAAGCUCGAGCACAAAGUUAAUUGAUAUGUCUUUGAAAUUUCAACAAAUAUAUAAACCGCCGCCGCCGCCACCACCAAAUGAAUAUCAGGAAAAUCAACAAGUAGCCCUAAUAGAAGAUGAAAAAUUGGAAUAUGAUUGUAGACUAUGGGCUUUAUGGGAGCAUGAUAAACAAUCAGUUGUUUCAUUUGUAGAUUUUCAAGUUUUAUAUUAUCCAUCUAGACAUAAUAACAGAUCAUCCGAGUUCCUUUUUAGUAAUGAAUGGACAAUAGUUGCUAAAGUAGCAAAAGAAAUUUUUGAUAAAGAAUAUUUGUAUACACUACAAGGCGUGUUGAAAAAAGAUCUCAUUAAAUUUUAUUUGGAUUAUAUUUUUUGUCCUACAAGAUUUUCACAUUCAAUUAUUAAGAUUUCUUUAAAAAAAUAUAUUGAUUAUGUUAUUGAUAAUUUGGAGGAACAGGAUGAUUCAAGUACUAAGCAGUAUCUUGUGAAAGUCUUGGAUUCAUUAGAAUAUACCACCAAUUUAAAACAAAUUGUCAGAUGUGCAAUCGCAAGGCAUAUUUUGAAGAAUAAAAAUGAGACAACAUCAAUGAAAUCUGAUUUAGGUCAAUCAAUUAGAUUAGCAUGGGAGAGUUUUAUAGAAAUUUGUCAUGAUGAGGGAAUAACUUGUCGUAGACCUUUAAGUAUUUAUGCUGGAGAUUUGAUAAUUAUUAAGUUACAGGAUGGCUUAUCUGUCAUUAGAUCAUGUGAGCCGUUAGAAGUGUUUCAACAUAGUUUAACGGAUGAUUUCGAGACUUUUACUUUGACUUCAAAUCCAUAUUAUCGCAUACCACAAUAUUGUUUGUUAGAUCAUCAAUCAUCUAAUAUCACAAGAGUUUUGACAAUUGGAAAUGUUAUUGCAAUGAGUUUACCUGAUAGAGCAUUAUUGAGCAUUGAUAAAGAUUUAGUUGAUGUACUAUUAAAUAAAGAGAAUGACCACAGUGAAGUUCGUACAAUACUACGUAUUGCUCACGAUAAAAUUUAUAUUCCGCAUAUGAAAAGUUAUUUGGAUGAUCAAACGUUGAAUUCAAUAUCAAACAUGUUACGAUCAAUUCAAAAUUUUGAAACUUUAAUCAAACCAAUUUUUGAUUUGCUACACAGUUUGGAAUAUGAUGCUUCUUUAACAAAUAUUGUAGAAAUGAAAACGACUGUUUUCGUUGAUGCUGUCAUUGCAUCAACAAUUACUGAUAUAUUACAAACACGUUACACCAUAUCAAAAUCGAUGUUUUUAUUAAUGGUAUUUUUAACUUGUUCUCAAAGUGAAGAGCAUCUAAAAAGAUUGUCUAUUAGCAUGUCUACUCUAUACACAUUUAUAAUUUUAAAAUGGAUUUCAGAGCAAUCUGCAUAUAAAGAUGAUGGUAAAAUUGGUGGUAAUAUAGCUAAUGGUUUAGAAAUUGAAACUUCAGAAGAUGAUGUAAUGUGCGAAAAAUUUUCAAGUUUAACUGUGAUUGGCUUAUUAAAAAAAACAAAUUCACCUGAUCUUCAGUAUAGUUUUCUUCAUACAUUGAUUCGUCAUAACUAUCCACUAUCAUUAAAUUUUCAAGUGGGCUCGUUGACUGAUAUUAUGUUAAAAGGAGUAUAUAAAUUUUUAAAACAAAUGAAUUUUAUACGUCAAGCUCCAAACAUAAUAGUUAUGACAAUUGAACCAUACGCUAGAUUCGCUGACUUGUUAGAAAAUUACGGAUUCUUAGAUCAUCUUUAUCAAUUUCUUGAAUUUUUAUUAGUUACUCCACAAGUUACAUUUGUUUGGGGCAAAUACUAUAUAAAGAAGCAAAAUUAUGAUUUGGCAAAACAACAUUUCAUUAAAGCUGGCUCUGGAUUCGUAAGCGAUAUCAAUUUACCUGAUUAUACUGGAAGACCUAUCAUUAGGUCUCAAGACAAUUUUCAAGGUGAUUUGACUGCAUAUUUUCAACAUGUAGCAACAAUUUUUGAAAAUGUGAAUCAAUUGGAUUAUGGUGUUGAAUUUUGUAAAAAAGCAUUAAAUGCAUUUGAUUAUGUUAAGCAACAAACUCCAGAAGGUCAACAAACAUAUUCAUCAUUGUAUACUAAAAUAUUCAAUGAUGCUUUAAAGAAAGGAUUAUUUGAUGAUGCGUAUUCUGCACUUACAUCUAAUCCUAAUAUAAAAGAAGCACUUAAACAAUUAAAAGCACUUGUUAUUGGAUUAUGUGAAAAAAACGAAACAAAAUAUCUUUCCGAAUUAUCAUUUAUAAAUUAUCGAAAAGAUUUUGAAAGUAUAAUGGAACUUCAAGCUCAUCGCCAUGUAGUUACAAAACCAACAAACUAUUCUAGGAUAUUAUAUUCCUAUUACGUUAGAUGUCUCGUAAAAUAUAAAGACGCUGCUCGUGUCAUGUAUCAAUAUGGCAAAAAAGUCGAAGCAGCAUGUUUGAAUUUUGAUAACUUUCAAAAGGCAAUGACUGAAGUAGCGACUAGUUAUUUGACAUCGAUGAACACAUUAAAAUUGCUUGAACCCGAUGAUGCAUGGUUCUAUUACGUAAAUAUUUUCAAUGAUGAUGAUGAAGGACGGGCGUUAAAAAAGAGGAAAAAAGAUGAUGGUACAUCUGGGAAUUGUGACAAAUUGGAAAUGAUUAAUAUACAAAAGAUACGGCAAGACUAUACACUAUCAAUGGCAAGAUUAGAAUUGGGGCAUCAUCAACCUUUAGAAGAAGUUAGGAUUGGUAAUGUUAAUGAAAUUGUCAGGAUGUGUAGUUAUGUAAAUAAAUUUGAUUUAGCUAUUUCUGGAUCAGAUAGAGUCAAAGCAUGGAUAAUAUUAGAAAAGUAUUUAGAAAGAUAUGAUAAAAUGGAAGAGACGCAAUGUCGAUAUAGGGCUGUCGUUUUGAAAACUUUACUUUCAAUACCUCUCAAUAUUAAAAUACCGUUGUUUCUAAAGUCAUUCUACAAGGAAAAUUAUCAAGAUGAUUAUAUCAAUAUCUUAUUAAAUAACAACUCUACAUAUGAUGCGGUUGAAGCUGCAGUUCAUUGGAUCCAAAAGUGCACUGCUGUAAAAGAUACACAAGAUGACAAUAUUAAUUGGGAUACAAUUGAUAAAGUAUCUAAAUAUUUGGAGGUUUUAUUGUCGGGAGGAAGUGAAGUAAUUAUGCUGGAUGAAAGAGUUGAGGGAUUUUUAAAAGAUUUGAAAAAAGACUUGGAUAAUGCGAUUGACAAAUAUUUUUCAAAAUAA